CGCCUGGAAAACUCAGUGGGUCGCUGCUCCCCUAGCCAGUGCUCUCCUCUGAAAUCAGCGAAUCCCCCCGCCCCCGAUCUAUGAAGGCUGGCAUCUUCUAGGAAGAUCAUUGCUGCCAAAACUGAGGCGGGUACUUCUCAUGGGGUUGGCUUCUGGGCCCCGUGGUUUUCUUUUGCCUUUGACCCCAGCAAAAGAAGUGGUCAGGGGCUCGGCCAAGGCCAGGGACUCGGAAUUGUCGUUCAGAGCGCAACAGAAUCCGACUCAACCAUAUGGCGGGUCAGCAUGGCUGGAGUACAUGAAUGGCUUGCUUUUUCUUCCUGACUUUUCCCGGGUUUACACCAUCACGACCCCAGGACCCAAAGAAAAUUUCCUGUGCGCCCUCCUCGGUUGCUCUACAAUGAGUGCCAAAUCUGCCAUCAGCAAGGAAAUUUUUGCACCUCUUGAUGAAAGAAUGCUGGGAGCUGUCCAAGUCAAGAGGAGGACAAAGAAAAAGAUUCCUUUCUUGGCAACUGGGGGUCAAGGCGAAUAUUUAACUUAUAUCUGCCUGUCAGUGACAAACAAGAAACCCACACAGGCAUCUAUCACAAAGGUCAAACAGUUUGAGGGCUCCACGUCAUUUGUCCGAAGAUCCCAGUGGAUGCUUGAGCAGCUUCGCCAGGUUAAUGGUAUUGAUCCUAAUCGGAUCCUCCAUCACACCUGCCAGAGGUACCUCACAGACAGGAAGCCAGAGUUUAUUAACUGCCAAUCCAAAAUUAUGGGAGGAAACAGCAUCCUCCACUCAGCAGCUGACAGUGUGACCAGCGCAGUACAGAAGGCAAGCCAGGCCUUGAAUGAGCGUGGGGAACGGUUAGGCCGAGCAGAGGAGAAGACGGAAGACAUGAAGAACAGUGCCCAGCAAUUUGCAGAAACCGCACACAAGCUUGCCAUGAAGCACAAAUGUUGAGAAGCUGACUAUCCUGGUGAACCUCUACAGAAAAGGGAGGAGUUUGUUCAGCAGUUAUUACAAGAAUUCUAGACCGUCGCUUCUUCAAUUUUGUUGUUGUUUGUUUUUCCAAUAUAAGGACAUUGAGGGGGUUUGGUUUUUCAUCUUCAGAUGUUAAUAUAAAUGACAACAUGCUGUGUGUAUACAGUUCCGUAUCUUGCUAAGGAAUGCUGCAAUAGCAUCAGCUUCACUUUUAUUUUUUCCAGUGUGUGUGUGUGUGUGUGUGUGUGUGUGUGUGUGUGUGUGUGUGUGUGACUGUGUGUGUGUGUGUGUGUGUGUGUGUGUGUGUGUGUGUAUUCCUUCUGAAGGAAAACUGUUUUUGUAGUUUGAAUCGGAAAUUCGGACCAAAUAAUAAGCCAGGACUAAAGUAGCGAAGUGUAAUUUUUUUCUCUUGGAAACUAAGCAACAAAGCUGUUCAGUGUGGUGGCAUCAGAUGAUGGCCCUGGGUAAAAAUAAAAGCCAACUCGUGGUUUCACUUACUCUCCUAGUUCUUUCAGCUUGAAGAGCAAAGUUAAAAAUCGGGAUCCCGAGUUUUAACUCUGUACAAUGGAAAACACACAAUUCAUCAGGGGAAAUAACAGCCUUUGGUUUUGCUCUUUGCAUAUUAAUCUUUUUGCGUGAACCAUCACAAGCAUUCACAGAACAAGUCAGAGUCACAAAUAGAAAUCUACUUUUCUGGGCUGAAGCAUAAACAUUUCUGGCUCCUUCUUCCAGUCUGACUAGUUGGAAUUAUCAUAUGAAGGGUAAAAUUUUGAAGUAAAGACCUGCAGAAAAACAUACUUUAAAACCUCUCUGUCUUUAUGGAUGUUUCUCUUUUUGUCAUUGUCCCAAAGUAUAGUAGCUGACAUGGGGGAGGUACUUGUAUUUUUAACAAAAAAAUAAUUUAUCUAGGGUCAGUAAAGUGGCUCAGUGAAUGAAGGUGCUUAUAGCAUAAACCUGGUGACCAGACUCCACAGAGUUGAACUCUGACCUCCACACACAUGUCCCAGCACACAUAUGCAUACUAUAUAAAAUACAUACACAAAAACAACAACAAUAAUAAAUAAAUUUAAAUAAAAGUAAAUGAUUUGUCUAGAUAAAAGUCUAUGUAAAUUAUAAUAUGAAAAUAUGCUACUUUAUUUUUUUUUCCUCUUUUUACAAAUUGAUGCCGAAUUUUAGAGACGCUCUCACAUUAUCCUUGGGAAAGAACUUUUAUUUUCUUGGUACCUGGGUUUUGGAGUUUGGGUAUUGUUGUUUUCAGUUUAUUUUGUGUUAUUUAACAUGUGCUUCUUGACAUAUUACAUACUUGUCGAUUUCAACUUGCCUGGUCCUAUACA